CACCUGGCGCCUGGGACUCAGCAUCUGACGCUCUGCUGCGCGCCUCGUUCUUGUCCUCCCCACCAGCUGUGCUCCCUGUCCCCCCUCUCCCAAGGAGCCGCCCAGCCCAUGUCCCCCACCCCGGUGGUCCCGAUGAGAUGCACCCAGGCUGACCUAGGGUGCAAGUCCCCACCCCAAUCCCCAACCCAAACCCUAAACCAGAGGCCUUGUCUAAACUUUACUCCCAAACUCCCCCUCAAAUUGCAAUCCGAACCACAGGCGCAAGCCUUAACCAGAACUCAAAGCCCAGCCGGAACCUGAACCCCGCCCCCGCCUGUGAGCGCCUGCGCGCGGGUCCCGCCCUGCCCACGAGCUUCACCUCUGACCCGGACCUCCCCCAAAACUGCGCUUUCGACCCCGCAGUCCCAGGGAACCGCAAGCCGCCCCCCACACCCCACCUCCAGCAGCACCCUCUCGCCCUGUCACCGCACCUUCACUGUGAGCCGCGGACCCCAUUUCCCUGCCGUCCCCCUCCCCCUCCCGGGAGCUGUGACCUCCGGACCCAACAUUUGCGCCUUCGUCUUCGUGGCCCGGAAGCGGCCCCGCAGGCGGAGCAUGACAAGUGGCCACGUGCUGCACAGCGGCUGGCUGAGGAAGUCACCCCCCGAGGAGAAGUUGAGGCUCUUUGCCUGGAGGAAACGCUGGUUUAUCCUGCGGAGGGGCCAGACUAGCAGUGACCCAGAUGUUCUGGAAUACUACAAGAAUGAUGGCUCCAAGAAUCCCCUGCGCACCAUCAACCUGAACCUCUGUGAGCAGCUGGAUGUUGGUGUGACUCUGAACUUCAACAAGAAGGAGAUUCAGAAGGGCUACAUGUUUGACAUCAAGACCAGUGAGCGUACCUUUUACCUGGUGGCUGAGACCAGGGAGGACAUGAACGAGUGGGUCCAGAGCAUCUGUCAGAUCUGCGGCUUCAGGCAGGUUGAGGAAAGCACAGGCUCCCUGGGAAACAUUUCCUCAGCCAGUCACGGCCCCUGCUCUUCUGCAGCUGAGCCCAGCCGCUCCCAUCAGCACCUCCCCCAAGAACGAGAACGUGCGUCUGAACCCCCUGUGUCUCACCAUGUGCCGCCCAUCUGGCCCAUCCUUGCACCUCGGGGGUGUCUCUGCUCGCACCAGCACGCCAGCCAGAAAGCAGGACAUGUAAGGAGUGCCAGCUUCUCGCAGGGCUCCAGGGCCCCAUUCCCCUUGAGGAGAAGCACAGCUGUGCAAAAUCUUGCCCAGCACAGUGAAUGCAGUGUCGAUGGAGUCAGCGGUCACAUCCAUGGCUUCCAUAGCCUUUCCAAGCCGAGCCAGCACAAUACAGAAUUCAGAGGCAGCACCUGCAGAACCCCCUGGAGCCUGGCCUCCCAUGGCCACACCAGAGGCAGCCUCACAGGCUCUGAGGCAGAUAAUGAGGGUGUGUACCCCUUCAAGGCACCCAGAAGCACCCUGUGCCAGGAGUUUGGGGGCCACCUGGUGAACAACAGUGGUGUUCCGGCCAUCCCACUCUCAGCGCACCAGAUCCCUAGGACAGUCACGUUAGACAAGAACCUCUGUGCCAUGGCCAUGGCCACUCCUGGGCCUAUUGGCUCCCUUCCCCUGCCCAAGGCAAGUCAGGCAGAAGCAUGUCAGUGGGGCAGCCCUCAGCAGAGACCUUCAGUCAGUGAAAGCAGCAGGUGGUCCAUUGACGCUGCCAUCCCCAGGCGGAAUACCCUUCCUGCAAUAGACAACAGCCGAUGUUGCCAAGCUUCCUCCUGCAAGUACCCCCGGCAUGGUGGAGGGAAUGCCGGCCGGCCUGCUGAGUCCAUGCAUGAGGGAGUCAGUUCUUUCCUGCCAGGAAAAGCACUCGUGGGCCUGUCGGACAGCAUUGCUUCUGAGGACAGCUGUGUGCCCAUGAACCCAGGCUUCCCUACCCUGGUGGCUGUGGAGCAAGCAGGCAGUGAUUCUCAGGGUGUCUGCACCGCUGUGGGCUCAUGUCCUGUUUGCUUUGACCUGCUUGGCUUCCCACUCACGGAGCUUUCUGUGCACCAAGACGUCAGCCAGGGACAUGAGGUCCAGCUGCCCCCUGUCAACCGCAGCCUCAAGCCUAACCGGAAAGCAAAUCCAACACCAUCCAACCUGAGAAACAACAGGGUCAUCAGUGAGCUCUCCUUCAAGCCACCUGUCACAGAGUCCUGGUCUGGGACCAGGAGUGCCAGCUUCUCGCAGGGCUCCAGGGCCCCAUUCCCCAUGAGGAGAAGCACAGCUGUGCAAAAUCUUGCCCAGCACAGUGAAUGCAGUGUCGAUGGAGUCAGCGGUCACAUCCAUGGCUUCCAUAGCCUUUCCAAGCCGAGCCAGCACAAUACAGAAUUCAGAGGCAGCACCUGCAGAACCCCCUGGAGCCUGGCCUCCCAUGGCCACACCAGAGGCAGCCUCACAGGCUCUGAGGCAGAUAAUGAGGGUGUGUACCCCUUCAAGGCACCCAGAAGCACCCUGUGCCAGGAGUUUGGGGGCCACCUGGUGAACAACAGUGGUGUUCCGGCCAUCCCACUCUCAGCGCACCAGAUCCCUAGGACAGUCACGUUAGACAAGAACCUCUGUGCCACGGCCAUGGCCACUCCUGGGCCUAUUGGCUCCCUUCCCCUGCCCAAGGCAAGUCAGGCAGAAGCAUGUCAGUGGGGCAGCCCUCAGCAGAGACCUUCAGUCAGUGAAAGCAGCAGGUGGUCCAUUGACGCUGCCAUCCCCAGGCGGAAUACCCUUCCUGCAAUAGAUAACAGCCGAUGUUGCCAAGCUUCCUCCUGCAAGUACCCCCGGCAUGGUGGAGGGAAUGCCGGCUGGCCUGCUGAGUCCAUGCAUGAGGGAGUCAGUUCUUUCCUGCCAGGAAAAGCACUCGUGGGCCUGUCGGACAGCAUUGCUUCUGAGGACAGCUGUGUGCCCAUGAACCCAGGCUUCCCUACCCUGGUGGCUGUGGAGCAAGCAAGCAGCGAUUCUCAGGGUGUCUGCACCGCUGUGGGCUCAUGUCCUGUUUGCUUUAGCCUGCUUGGCUUCCCACUCAUGGAGCUUUCUGUGCACCAAGAUGUCAGCCAGGGACAUGAGGUCCAGCUGCCCCCUGUCAACCGCAGCCUCAAGCCUAACCGGAAAGCAAAUCCAACACCAUCCAACCUGAGAAACAACAGGGUCAUCAGUGAGCUCUCCUUCAAGCCACCUGUCACAGAGUCCUGGUCUGGGACCAGCCACACCUUUUACUCCAGCUCCUCCCAAUACCCCAUCUCCAUGCAGAGCAUCACCAGCACAGACUCAGAAGACAGUGGAGAGAGAGAGAUUUUUUUGCAGAAUGCGGCAUCUGCAUUUCCUGCUUCCGGUGGCACCAGCAGUUCAGCCCUGCCAAGGAGCACUGGUACCAUCCACUAUGUGGCCCUGGACUUCCAGCCGAGCAAGUCAUCCAUAGGCUCUGUCACGUCUGGGGAGAAGGUGGACUAUGUCCAGGUGGAUCUGGAGAAGACCUGGGCCCUGCAGAAGACCAUGCAUGAACAGAUGUGCCUGCGGCAGUCCUUGGAGCCUCCCCGGGGUGCCAAGCUGUGACUUGGGCCACCAAAACCAGAGCGGGGCCAGGACAGUGCUUCAGAGCUGCUCCUCCACACUCUACAGCUCUGUGGUAUCAGGGACCGCAUCCCUUAUCCAGAGAGCAGAGGCCUGAUCCAGGCACAUCCUCUGCCUACUCGGGGCCCACGUCUGCCUUUGGCUGGCUGUGGUCCCCACCUUCACCCCCUUGCUAGGAGCGGUUGCCAGCAAGCAUCCUCAGUCUCUUCCUGCUCCUCAGACCCAGGCUCCCAACAGAUUUCCACACUCACACUUCGCUCACGGUCCUCAGCCUCUUCCCUCUAGCCUUUGGGCUGUUGCCCUCAAUCCUGGAACAUGAGGAGCUACCCUGCUGACCCUGGGACCCAAGGCCCGCAGGCCACAGUGGACAUGGACCUUUUCAGCCCUGGCAUUUUUUGGUCAGGGGAGAGGCAAGGCCAUCAGACGUUGAGAGAUAGUUGAGAAGGAAGGUUAAAGGUGGUCUUGAGAAGCAAAGGAAUUAGAUCCUUAGACCCAGCAAGGCAGCUCUUACCUGCAGGGUCUCCCACUUUCAGACUGAGGCCAGAGUAUGGCAGCUGCUCCUGGGUGGGAGAGGCAGAGAGGGAAAGGCAAAAGGAAGGGAAAACAUUAAGAGUUUCAGAAUGAACAGGGCAGAGCAGACACUUCAACCUACCUUGGGGUGAAUAGACUUUCCUCCUCCAAAAAAUGACUGCCCACAGGGUUUGAUGGAGGCGGCCUCCACACCCUGUCAGCACCUGUGAGUGCCACACUUCACCAGACCAGGGGCCUGGUCAGCUUCUGGGGAUGUACCCCUCAGCAGGAGCCCUCUCCCCUGGCUCAGGUGGCCAGGCCCCGGGCUUAGGCACUGAGGACACAGGAGUCUAUCAGACCUUUUCCCAAACUUGACAAGGUCACAUCAGUGAGGGAAAGGACAAGGACGCAGACGGUGGUGAUGGGCAAGAUGGGCUGAAGAUGCUGAUGGGGUGCCCGGAAAGUGGAAACUCCUCAGGGAGUGGAGGCAGAGAAGGUGGUUUUUAGGACAAGGGGUGCCUGAGUUAGGCUUGAGAGGAAGUUAGGUCAGAUUUUUACAGGGAAGGAGGGCAGGGCCAGGGUGCGGUGGAGGAAGAAGGAACGACAGACUGGAAAAGCCUUGUGCUGAGGGACCAAAGGGACUUUGGAGUGCAGGUCCAGCUGCUCAGAACUGCAGGGGCCGGGCCUUUGUGCUUCCACAGUUGGAAUGGUGAUGGCCGGGUGGCCACACUGGGCAGAGUGUGCAGGGUGCUGGAUGACUGGCCCAGCCCUGACUGUGUCCCUGUAAGGUCCUCUGCAAGAGACCCCAUACAGCGCAGCUCUUAACUGCUGUUCCCUGUCCCCAGCUGACUACAAUGGGGCCCAGUAUUGAUCUCAGUUCCCAGCCCAGUCACCUUCCUUGUUGAUCCCAGGCUGCUGAGAAAGUGCUGCGUGUUCUGAGUGUGCGUGGCAUGCAUGAACCUGGUGGAGGCUUCAGAGACUGAGGUGUUGAAGUCCCAUCUCCAGAGGGGUUCCUUCUAGCUCUUGGUUCCUGUGACCACCAAAACCCUGAGGGUGAGAUUAGGGUGGAGAUGGAAAGAAGGGCAAGAGAAGAGGACACGGGCCUAUUGGAAGCAGAGCUCUAUUCCCAAGCCUAAACUCCAGUCAUGUCUAGCAUGUAUCCACCCCUCCACCCACCAGCCCAGAAGGAAAAGUCAACUCAGCUUAAUACAGGGGUCCUUGGACCUAUCAUGAGGUUAAAAUCCACCUCCCCUGGUGGCCUGGCCAUGAGUGAGACCCCAAAAAGGGACACCUCAGCCAGUGCAACUCACAUGAGGGCUUGUCCUGCUGGGCUCUCCAGGGGAGCCUUCUUCACCCACCCCCACCACCUGCAAAGUUAGAGAGCAGUCAGGUGGGAACAAUGAGAAGCAGGGGCAAGGACAUCUCCCUAGGACCUUGCUUUUCCAUCUGUGGAGUGGGUAGUUGGAUUUGAUAUUUUCUGGCCCCUUCCUAGGCUGAGGCUCUACUGGUCUCGGGGAGCUCCUUGCUCUGUUACUUCUUUCUGGAGGAUCUGCAUCACGAGGGAUGAGCAACACCAGAGCUUUGGCCAAUUAGCCAGUCCCUCCCUGGCUUGAUACGGACAACUUCUUUAGUUCAAACCAGUCAAACAGACCGCAUUCCUACGGCAGAAGCACAACCAUUCUGGUUGUGGGAUCAUAGGCUCAGCUGCAGUCUGUCUUGUGGUCCUUCAGCAUGCUGUGAGGCUGUCAUCUCAGUCCCAGGCCCUGGCACAGCACCACCGGUAUGACUGUGACCUCCAGGGAGAUGCAGGACAGGGAAGUGAGCACUGCCGUUCUGGGCCUGGGCCUUGAUCUAGGAAGUGUGGGGGAGGGGAGGCUGACCUGCAGAGCACUAAGGGCAUCAUUCUGGGAUACACCAGGCCCCUGGGGCCUGGGACAAUGGCCGUCUGCCUGCUGAGAGCCCACUGCAGAGUCAGGCUGGCAUAUUCGGUCCGGCAGUGUGUGUUCUUGUUUUUAUUUGUUGGCUACUUGUAUCUUGCUGUUUAGAAUCAUUUUGUACAGAAUGUUUGGUUUCUCCUUAAGAGAAAAUGGGCGAGAAGCCCCGUCUUAAGUUCUUGACUUGGUACCAUUUAAAACUGACAUUUCAUUUUUCAAAUCACUGUUGGUGCCUAAUCACUGAAGUUAAUCCAUUUUUUUCUACAACUUUUAUUAUGUGUAUUUACCCUGUGAGCAGACCUGGGGUGACAGGAGUGUGCUCAAGUGGUUGUCGUUUCUGCUGUGGCCACGGGACAGGCCUCGUGCUGGCAGGCUCCUUUGUACUGAGGCACUGGAGCAGGACAACAGUGAAGUGCAUGAGGAAUACAGCCCAGGGUGGGCUGCUUGGGUCUCUCUGGGAGUGGAGCCCAUACUCACUGAAGUCCCACCUUGGGGUGAGCCUGAGACCUGGCUGCCCUGGGUAGGCACAGACACACACUGUCAACAAGAAAAGCGUUUCAGAAUCAUUUCUCCAAUGACCCAGGAAGGCCACUGUGCCAGUCUGUUCACUUCAUCUUAAGUAGGAAAUAAGUAGUUUUCCUGGCUCAGAAAGAAAAUAAAUUCUCUUUAUCACA